AUGUCAAUAACUGUUUCAACAUGCUAAUAAAUAUGUGGUUCUCCACUUAAUCAUAGUACAGCUAAAAACUUAUGGACAUUUUCUAAAUCUGAUAGAUUUGGUAAUCUGGCUAAUCCAGUCAAGUAUUCAUGAUUGAUCUAAUCAUUAUAGUUGUGGUAAGGCAUUUUACGAUUUGCCUAGUCAAAUAGAAAAACGAUCUGCUGGAAUUGGAAAAGGAACAAAGUAUAAGAAUAUUUUUAUUUAAGAACUGAUUUUACAAAAGUUCCAUUCGCAACUCCAUCCCCAUAAUAAUAUAAUUUAGCAAGUGACGUUGAAACAAAUCUUAAGAAAUCAAAAGGAAAUAAAUUUGGAAUGAGUAGAGAAAAAAUGGCUAGCACUGGCAUACUUGGAAACUUAAAUUUAAAAACUCCAGGUAAAAAUAUAUAAUUAAUAUUAUAUAAUAGCUCCUGGAACUUAUGAUUUAGGAUCUACUUUGAGUGAUAUUCGAUAUACAAUGAGAUAGAGACCAAAAACAAAUUUUAUGGUCUUAACAAGUAAAGAAAUACCAGGACCUGGAACAUAUGAAUCUUUACCUGCUGUUAAUGCUGUAGGUAAAUAUCCAAUAUCGAAAUACAAUAAUUCAUGUGCAACAUUAUUUAAUCCUAAGAACUCUAAAAGAUUUGUUAAAGAUUUUUGUAAAUUUAUAAUACCAUUUUUAAAGCUACUAAUCUUUAAGCUCCAGGACCAGGUACUUAUCCUAUUGAUAAGACUGGAAUUCAAAAAGUAAUUCAAAUCUUAUAUCAUAGGAUGGUAAUUACUUUAUUUCUAAAUUCCAUUCUUCAAAUGUUAGAAGUUUUCCAAAAGAAUCUAGAAGAACAGGAUCUGUUGGAAAAGGUAUCAACCUAAUAUUAUUAUCAAUUAAGCUGGCACACCUGCUCCUGGAAGUUACAGAUUACCUUCAGAGUUUGGUUACUACGAAUCUAGACAUAAAGCAAAUAGAAGUGCUGGUGAUAUGGGUGAAAAUAAACCUUAAUAAUCAUGAUUAUUAAAAUAACAAUUAAUGUAUACAUAC